AUUGGGAAGAUAUUUCAAUAGAUCAUUUCCGAAUAAGGAUAACAAACUGCAAAUUGCCUCCCGUAACCAGCGAACUGAGCCCUGCCCAAUAUUCCGGACGCGCCUGUGCUUGUGGGACGCAGCUGUGUUGCUGACCUACUGAACGACUAAGCGGCCUCAAUUCGACCGGCAGUCGUGCUGAAUCUGCAGGCUGUGAUAAGAGAGCGGACAGACGAACAGCAUCCAACCGAAGGACACUCGUCGUUCCUCGUCGUCGUCCUUCGUCGUCCUUGCUCGUUUCGCCGCCAACAACCCUGUCCUGCGGAUUCCAGAUGCUGUUGCGCCUUCGAAUGCCAGGCGUUGCCUUCUUCCGGGCGCUGCCUUUCAGUACUAUCGCGUCUGGCUGUAUGUGCGGUUAUCCUGGCGGUGCGUUAUCCUGGCCAAAUACUUCCGCUCGUUCGCGAUUUCGCCGCCGAUGGAAUGGGCUUAUGUUUGUGUUUGCAACUGAUUAGCGAACCAUUAAUGCAAAUCGGCAAUUAACGGCUCCCUGAAAUGCUAAAUAAACAAAAUAAGAGUAAUUAAAUUAAUUUCCGUGCUGGACAAAGAAUAAUAAGGAAGUGUCUGCCGGAAAGUUCGACGGAAAAAAUAGUGUAAAAUAAUAUGGAAUGUAGGCUGUGUGAGCAGUCUACGCAUGAAAAGCCAACCAACGAAGCGCCGGGAAAAUCAUCAGCUGCGGAAAAGUAAACAUCAAGUUUUGGAUUCUGUCGUGGCUGUAUGUUUGCACAGCAUCCGUAUCCGGCACUUCGUAAUUUCAUCCGGUUGUAUUUAAAUUACACUCAAGGUGCAUCGUCUGGAUUCUCACAUGACGGCGAUACAUUCAUAAUCUGCGCCUGAAGUCGGGAACACAAAAAAUGGGCCAAAUGUCAAUGAGUGACUGGGCCGUGGCAGCCGCCAGGAUUCCAAUUCAUGUCCUCGCCGAAUGAUAAGCUAGCUGCCAGCUAACAAAAAAAAGAAAAAACGAAUACCAAGAACGAAAAAAACGUAAAGGAAAUCCUUGAGAGCGGGCCGCAACUGCCAAAGCCAAGUCAAUGACCCUCGUCCGGCCUUCAGCGAGCAUAUGGCUGCUGAUGCUCCUGCUGCCGGCGGUCCUGCCACACCAGAUGCCCCCAGAUGCAGACCAGAAGUUCUCUCUGCCCGCCGUGCCGCUCCCGCCGCCGCCGCCCUUCCAGCCCGGAAAGAAUCACUUUGCGCUGAACGCAUUCGCCGGCGGAGAGCAUGCCUCCGGCGGACACACCCACACCCACUCCCACUCCCCGUCCCACUCGGCGUCCAGUCCAGGAUGCGGGGGCAUGCUGAAGGCGCGCCAUAGCCACAUCCAGACGCCCAACUUCCCGCACCGAUUCGCCACGCCCAUCGAAUGCGUGUGGAUAAUCGAUGCCACCGAUAUGCCGCCGCCGGGCCAGGCGAAUGUGUCCAUCGUGGUGUAUCUCACCCAGUUGUACGUGCUCAGCGGCCUGAAGUUCACCGAGUACAUGUACUACUCGGAUGACUUCAAGGUACCAGCCCACCGCGUCUUCACGCUCACCGAGGACGACGUCACCCAGGUCACGUGGGUGCAGUUCCACAGCCAGUACCUGGAGAUCCGCUUCACCAUGGCCACCCUGGACGGCACCCAUCUGCGCGCCCUGGAUCGUCUGCUCGAUGUCUACGGGUUCAACAUCACCUACGAGGUGCAGAGCGAGGUGAAGCCUUCCCAGUGCAACGCGCUGCAGUGCCGAUUCGUUGGGGAUUGCUAUGCGAGCGAGGACUACAGCUCGUAUGGCUGCUCCUGUUUUCCCGGCUUCAGCGGCAGUGACUGUGGUCAUGGACCUCUGUGCAAGGACCUGCACACCAACGUUUGCCAGAACGGCGGCACUUGCAAGCACAUCGGCGACGCCGCCAUAACUUGCCAUUGUCCGAAGGGCUUCAAGGGGACCAGAUGCGAAAUACCCGAAAUAAACGAGGCUACGCAGGGCUGCACCAGCAACUCCAGCUCCGUCGAAUGCCACCAGGCCUGCGACUUUGACAAUUUUGGCCGCUCCGCCUCCCAUCCUGGCCAGAGUUAUCCCGCCCCCAAGGGCAACCGGAAUGCGGCACGCAGUGGAAAAACCAGAUACGAGGUGACCAUGCGACUGGGUGCCAAUCUUACAGGAUACCAUCGCCAUGCCGACCGGGAGCAGUUGUCGGGCGUUAUGGAGCGACAGCUUGGUCGUGUGCUGCGCAACUUCAACAUCACAAAGAUAAGCGAUCUGGAGCUGAUAUCAAACUCCACCGAUCGCCUGGACAUCACCUUCCACUUCUUUGGGGUGAAAGGAGACUCGCAGCGUAUCCGGGAUGCCAUCACCAGGAUGGUGGAGCGCGGCAGGAUUGGCAACUUCACGCUGGUGGCCAAUUUUCAUCACUUCGACGAGAAUCCUCCACUUGGCUUGCUGGAGCUGACCGUCAAUCAGCCGCAAUCAGGAGUCCGCGAGGCCAGCGAGUUCAUCAUAUCCUGCACGGCCCAGGGCUCAUCCCGGAUGCAGUUUCAGUGGUUCAAGGAUGGCGCUGUGGUGAAUGCCAGCAAGGCGACGAGGGAAAUAUGGACCACGGUCCUGCCGCCCGAAACCAAGGAUGUCUACACCGCCAUUCUGGGCGUGACCAAGGCGAGUCGCAUCGACGAGGGCGUCUAUAGCUGCAAGGUGACCGACUGGGGCGUGGAGCAGUGCCGCUCCCUGCACAUCCACAUCAAGUCGCCGCCCCGUCUGCGUGUGGAUCCGGCGAGUGUGACCCUGCAGCGAGGUGACUCCUUGCGGGUGAGAUGUCUGUCACCCGGUAACGAUGACAUCAAGCGGUAUGCACAACUGGGCUACAGCUGGACGCGCAAUGGUGUGCUCUUCCAGUCGGACGCGGCCACCGCCAUGUGGGAGGACCUGUAUCCCGACGGCAGCAUCCUGAAGAUCAACAACAUCCAGAAGUCAGCGGAGUACGCCUGUCUGGUCUCCAAUAGUGUGCGUCCCGUCUCCCGGAGUGUUUACAUCAAUGUCAUCGAGCGGAAUGCCGUGCACGUCUGUCCGGCUGAAUCCACCUACGGCGUCCAUUGGCCAACCAGUGCCCCCGGCUCGCCCAUCAUAACCGACUGCCCGCGCGGAUUCGAGGGUCACCUGAAACGCAUCUGCGAACAGAGGGACACGGGCAACUCCACCUGGCUGCUACCGGAUUUCUCCGGCUGCGUCCGGGACGAACUGCUGCUCAUCUACAACCGCUUUCUGGCCCUGAGUGCCGGAUUCCAGCAGACGAACUCCUCCAACAUCCUGAAGGCCUGCUUCGAGUUCACUCUGCAGCGAAGGCACAGCUUUCUGCCCGGCGAGGCCAGCUUCCUCAUCGAUAUGCUGCAUGAGCUCGACACCUACCUGCAAUUGAAAGGCACACAACUGGAGCGCGAGAUGGCCGCGGAGAUUAUACUGCGCAUCCUGGAUAAAGUCAUGCAGAAUGCCCAAUCCUUGAACAGUCAACAGCAAAUUAAAAAGCUGCAGCAGCUCACACAGUCAGCGGCGUUGAACCGGGAGACCAUCGCGGCCUCCCAAUUGGCCACCUCGACCAGCGGGAGCAGCCAGCCGUUGCCAGGUGACAGUUCGACCCGUGGUGACGAUGGCAGCGGGUCAGGGGUCACGGCAGGUGAGAUGUCCGCCGCUCCCGCGGGCAGCCUGCAGGCAACGAGAGCCGGCGGAGGAGGAGGAGGAGGUGGAGGAGGCGGUGGUCCUGGUGGAGGUAGUGGUGCUGGUGCUGGUGCUGGAGCCUCCAGCAUUCUGACAGUCGAUGAGGACACCCUUUCACUGGACAGACUGAACUCGCUGCGCAUUUACAUGACGUCGGUGAAAACGCUGCCGUUUAAUUUACGCAUUUACGGUGAGGAUUUGUUUUCCGACCAGCUGUAUAUGGACAUCGGACUAUCCAGCCGCCUGCUGCACAUCAUGGCCAACUCAACCAUAUUCGCCUCGGUCAUCUCGUACAAGAAUCUCAAAAGUUUCCUACCCAAAACCUACUACACGCGUGGCAGCGAUCCCCGUGACUCGGACUACGUGCUGGCCUCCCGGAUCAUCCAGACCUGGCUGUUCCAGUCGAAUCGCUCCAACGACAACUUCCGGGAGCCACUGGACCUGCCCUUCGAGGCGGGUCACGUGGAGAUCAUCUUCCAGCACGAGAGUGUGCCCAAGAAAGGCGACUGGGUGGCAGUUUGUGGUCACGACUACAAGGCCUCCUUCGACUCCACGUGGCGAUCGGAUCUGUGCAUCACCAAGCACCUGAUGGCGAACAUCACCAGGUGCAUCUGCCCGCUGUCUGGAACCUACGUGGUCAUGCUCACCAAGCGCCAGCCAAAUGCCACGCCCCACCACGCACCCCGGCGCCCCAUCUUCGUGAUCGCCAGCUGCGCCUGCUGCCUCCUCCAGUGCGGAUCCGCCCUGCUCAUCCUGGUGCCCAUCUGGUGCAAUCGCAAGUGCGCGGUCACGUUCCUCAAGAUGCAGUUCUGCGUGUCCACGUCCAGUGUGAUGCUCAUUUACCUGCUGGGAUUCAUGAAAAUGCUGCCGGCGAGCUGGCACGGCAUCAUUAGCAGCUCGCUGGCCUCGCUGUUGUUGCUGGGCAUCUCCACGCUGAUUGCGAUUGCCCUGGCCAUCCACACGGAGCUCAUGCCGAAGAAGUAUCUGCAAAUUGGCAGCAAGCCGGCGACGCCAACUAAGCGCCGCCUCAAGCGGCCACAUGAACAAGAGCGGGAACGGGAACGGGAACGGGACCGGGACCGGGAACUGGAUAGUUUGAGCAACAUCACCCAGAUCCGGGCUCAGUCGCCCCUGGGGGCCACCACGGGCUCCACUACGACCACCACCACCACCACUGGUGGUCACAGCACUCCCGUUCCUCGCCGUCAGCCGCCCAACUCGACGGCGGGAAUGCGUGGCGCCAUCGGCAUCAGUUGGCUGCUGCCGCUCCUCUUCGCCAUCGCCGCCCCGCUAAUCUGCAGCAUCAUUGGCCAGUGGCCGCGCCACUGGUGGCUUGAGGUUCUCUGGACGGGAUCCGCGUCCCCGGAAGCCGGCGCGGGCAAAGAGGAGGCCGGGUAUGCGGAUACGGAUUCUGGCGCCUUCUAUUCGGCCCACUCGCUGCUCAACGGCGAUAAUUUACUGCUCGAAUCGGAGGCAGUGAUGGGAAAUGGGAGCAGCAGCGCGCCAACAGAGACAUCAACUGCAUCAUCGUCAUCAUCCACCGCAUCCACUGCUCGGGCGGUCGAUGAUGAUGUGGCCACGUCAACGUCAUCAAUCACGAGCAUUGAAAGUGCAAGCAGCAGUGGAUUCAGUGCCACUUGGAGUGGCAUCUCCAGCGCUAGCACCAGCACCAGCUCCAUCUUCAGCUCCAGCUCCACCUCCACUUCCGUUUCCGCGCUAGCUGCGCCUUUAACUUCCGGUUCGGGUGCGGGUGACUCCUCGACGACGCCAUCGCCUUCUUUGAGCUUCAUCCUGUUCGUCUGCAUCGAUUUGCUCUUCAUCCUGCUCUUCUGUGCCCUGUUUGCCAUUUUAAUGAAGAAACUUUUGUGGUUGUGGCACAAGAAUCGCAAUGUGCAUACGCAUCCGUUGGAUAAAUUCAAUCUGGCUUUGAACAGGCGAUUUGGAUUACUCUACCGGGCGGGCGGACUGCUGCUGGCCAAGAUCUGCAGCGACGGACUCUUUAUCGCUUAUGUUAAUUCAUCACCGGAUACAUUGUGGGCAUAUCCGUUCGGCAUAUCGUGCAUACUGCUGGGCUCGGCCAUCCUCAUCUGCUUCGUCAUCAAGGCGGAGAGCCAGCUGCGCGGACCACCCUUCCUCUCCAGCAACGGGAGCAGCCAGAGCAGCUCCCUCAAGCAGGCCAAAUUCAACACGAGCAGGAGCAGCCUGGACGAGAACUACUGCACCACCACGACGACGGCGAAUGUGAACAGUCCGCUGAGCUUCUACACCAACCACGACAAGGAGAAGGAGAACGACUGCGCCGUGUCCUUGUCAAUGUCCAGUGCAGGCGUGUCCGGCGCAGCAGUCGGUUCCUUGGCCUCGUCAGCCGGCGUGGGCGGUGCCCCGCCCCUGCAGGCGAAGGUGGGCCUGGACAUGUCCGCAGCACAGGCAUCCGGUGUCCCACUGCCGUUGACAAUCAUCUCGACGGCCCCGCGCUGUCAGGUCACAGCCGAUGGAGCGACCGAAUCCUUUCUGGGCGACCGCCAGACCCUCUCCGUCGCCCCCUCCCCGGACACCCGUUGCUGCGCCAUUCUGGGCGGCGGUACCGCCUACGAUGCGUACACCAUGGGCGUGGGCAUGGGCAUGGGCGUGGGCGUGGGAGUGGGCGGACUCACUGGUAGCCUGGGAAGACGCAGCUUGCAUCACCAGCCGACGCACUUUCGCCCAGGUGCCUGUGGCGAGUAUGUGGGCGUCGAGACGCUCGAUAUACUGCAGGGCGUGGCAGCUGACAGUAUAAUUGGCAUCCACACCAGUGCCAUUAUGCCCACUGCCACAAGCACUUCUCAUUAUGUUCCGCUGCAGCAUAAUCCCUACGUGGACUUUGUGCCCAGCUCCCUAAUCCUCAGCAUGGCGCCACCUCCGACCAUAAGCGGAAACCUGAGUGGGCCUGCGAUGCAGACGAUUCCAACGAUGCCAACGAUACCGACUAUGUCGCUGCCCACCCAGACGCCGAAGACGCAGAAGCGAGUGACCAUCCUGGAGCCGACGUCCCGCACCACGUUCGACCCCCUGCUGCCCACCAUGGUGGCGGCGGUGGUCUCCACAUCGACUGUCACCAGCACGGCGACCACGACGCCGGCCACGCCCACGCCCACGCAGAGCGGCUGCAGUGGGGGCAAUGAUGCAACGCUGGACCGGAUCACCCUCGAUCUGGACUACUUGCUGAACAGGGGAGCUGUGGAUGCCGCCGACGGAGGCGGGAUUAACCCACCGCCCACCAGUGAUGAUGGCCAGCAGAAACAAUAGCAAUAUCCGUGAGCUGAGCGGCAUUUGUAGGCCAAAUGCCCACACUAAGAUGCAUUUAAGAGGCUUCGUUUUUCUGUCAACAGAUGUAAAUAUGUGUAAAUCGAAUUUCGAAACUAAACUACAGUAGCAAUCUCUGUGAAUAUUCAUCAGAUAUAGAUACCAAAACAAGUAUGGAUAACAAUCAGUUUGACUCCUGGUUUUCCCUAUUCUUUAACUCUUAACUUUUAGUUCUAUCGAUUCAGGAAAUGUUCAGUGAUUUAGACAUCAAUCAUAAAUAGUCUCACAUUUAGAACACCAUUUAAAGUUUACGUCAUUGCAUAUGUAAAACAAAUUGAAUGAAUUUAAACUAAAGAUAACAUUUUAGCUAGAUUUACAAAAGCCUAUUGAAGAGAAUACAAUGAGAACGAAAUUGAAAAAUUAUUGAGCGAGAAAGACAGUGAGGUGUAAACAACAUGUUUUUGAUUCCAUUUAAAGUUUCCUAGAAUAAAGCCAAAUUAAGCCCUAUUAAGAUGCAGAGAUAAAAUACAAAAUACAAUAAUUGUAAAACUAAUAAACAUAACAGGACUAUUUCUGGAACAAAUCAAAUUAUACAGAUAUAUCUUUAAAUAAACUCAAGACUCUUGUUAGAAAAUCUA